UCAACUUGAUUUAAGUAACAAUUUGAAAAAUUUCUUCCUUAUCGAAAAUCUUGCGUUAAUAAAUUUUGUACCCGUUGAUAAUGAUAAGGGUGAAGACCAUCUGCCAUGAGAGGUAUCCAUACUGUAGUUUGCGUAAUAUUUAAUUCUCCUCCAGCUCUUCGUACACUGCCAGAUGGAUUAUCAUCAAAAUAUUGUAAUAUAGUAGCAUUCCUUUCUUCAUUUCAUAAAGGGGCAAAAAUAUCAUCAGAAUGUGGUAUUAUAGCAAAAGUACCAGUUUCUCUAAGACUUUGAAACGUGGAGCUAAAGAUGAACUUUUUUGGCAAUCUUCUAUUCGGAAAUUGCCUGGCAUAUUCACGAUGGGCGCAUUAGCAUUACCAU